GGGACAGCGCUGAUGAAUGAGACAUUUAGCAGAGACACGCGCACACGGCUCGCGUUAAUUCACUCAGACUGAACCGGACAGUGAAUCCAGCAGCUGUUAAUCCGACUCGGAUGACGGAGACAUCACAGAUCAGACGAGUGCGAGUGGCUUAGGCUGCAGAAGGGCUGCAAUUUUCUGUCUGAUUUUACUGUCUGAUUGUAGAUUUUGGUGUGCAUCUUCACGCAUUUGAGACAUUAUUCAUCCAAUCGAGUUCCCUUCAUCACCAAUAUGGACACCAUAUUGGACAGUUUCACCUCGGACAAACUUUUCCCUAAUCCCAACCUGUUGGACCUGGAGGACCUGAACGAGUCCGACUUUCUCACUAAUGUGCACUUCUCAGAGCAGAUGGAGGAUUUCUCCAAUGAGCUCUUCAGCAGUUUUUUCGAUGAUCACCUGCUAGCUGAGAGGACGCCGCUGCUAGACAUGGAGCUUGAGCCACCGAACCCCGACAUCCAGCAGGAGCACAGCUACUCCCUCAGCGGUGACUCGGCUCCUCAGAGUCCCUCCAUGCCCAUCAAAUCAGAUGACGAUGCAGAGGGCAUGUGGGCAUUCAGUCAGGACUUGACUGCCAUCCUGGUAAAACAGGAACCCAACCUCCUGUCUGAGCCAUCCCCUGGACCAGCGACCCCUAUGCCUACUUCUAGCAGUGCCACCCAGCCGAUCACCCUCAACCCACCACCACAGAGACGCCACAAUCACGAGAAGGUGGCCCUAGAACAGAACUCAAACACAGUACCUACUAUCAAAGCAGAACCCAGAGAGGUCAACCAGUUCCUCAGUGUCCCCACAGAGGAGCACCUGCAGCUCCCCCCGACUCCUCCCAGCAGUCACGGCAGCGACAGCGACGGAUCGCAGAGUCCUCAUUCGCUGCCUCCAUCCAGCCCUGCCCGCAUGCAGAGUCCUCAUUCGCUGGCACCCUCGAGCCCCGCCCGCCUCCAGAGUCCUCAUUCGCUAGCACCCUCCAGCCCUGCCCGCCACCCGGCUCGCUCCUCCACAGCCAUCUCAUCCUCUCCACUGCUCACUGCUCCACAUAAGUUACAGGGCACGUCAGGUCCACUGAUGCUCACGGAAGAGGAGAAGCGGACGCUGAUGGCUGAAGGUUACCCCGUCCCUAACAAACUCCCGCUGACCAAGACAGAGGAGAAAGCCCUCAAACGAGUUCGCAGGAAAAUCAAAAACAAGAUCUCAGCACAGGAGAGCCGUCGCAAGAAGAAGGAGUAUGUGGAGUGUCUGGAGAAAAAGGUGGAGAACUACACUUCGGAGAACAAUGAAUUAUGGAAGAAGGUGGAGACACUCGAAAGUGCAAACAGGUCUUUGCUGCAGCAGUUACAGAAGCUUCAGGCUCUAGUCAGUGGCAAAGUACCUCGAUCCUGUAAGAUGGCGUCCACACAGACCGGGACCUGUCUCAUGGUGGUGGCGCUGUGUUUUGUGCUGGUUUUGGGCUCGCUGGCUCCCUGCCUGCCUGAACUCUCACUCUACUCUCCUUCCUCCUCAUCCUCACCAUCACACACGGUGAAGUCCGGCCCGCUUCCCGCGACUCACCUCUACACCACCAGCCAGGUCCGCUCCCGCAGCCUGCUCUUCUAUGAGGAGGGUUCCCCGCUGGAGAACAGCCACAGGGGCGUGCUGAGUGUAAAGGGGGGGGAGGGGGAGCCACACCAAUACACACAGGACCUGAAAGAGACCCACAAGCAGACUCACGCUCACAUCAGUACGUACCUGAACCCAACACAGUCCAACAAGAACAGCAGUGGCACCCCCCUCCUCCACCGGGAACAACACUACCAUACACGACAGCAUGAUCCUGAUGGAGGUGCUGAAUAUUUCUAACCCCUCUGAGCGGAGCUGCCUACAUCACGCAGGCCUCCGCUGACCUUCGACCCCACGUCAUCCAGGCCCUACUCCCAGUGGCGCUCCCUAGUGUUACCACUCUUUCGCUCUACAAAACCAGGACAUCGUACACCACUCUCAGACACACAGCCUGGACACACCAACGUGCAAAAAGAAGACAGAGAAGAGACAACAGAAAAACGAUCCGGAGUGAACGAGUGACGGAGCGAGCGAGGAAGCCGCUCUUCUCUCUAAAAUCACACCAAAUUAGUAUUCCUGUUCCUAAGAUUUCUUUUCCUCUCUGUUCCCUUUCCAAAAAAAACAAACAAAACAACAACAACAUUCCAGUACUGGUGGAAAAACAGGUGCCUGGUGUUCUGAGCAUUCAUUUCUUUUUCACUUUCAUAACAGAGUUCAUUUUAUGUGCCAAAAGUGUUAAACAGAACGACAAGAUCUUGGUGCAGCUUGUUCGGCAGUGUUUUACGAUGGGCAGCGCUUCCUUGACUGGGCGUGGCUAAGGCUCAGAGAAUUUCGUUCCAAUUCCCAGUUGACUGACGGACGUUUUCAGAUCUUCUCAACAUCUCCCACUCAUAAAGCCUGAUUCGAAACAGAAAUGUGAUUACGUUGAUUUGUUUUAACAUCUACAUUGUGAUUUUGAAAUGGAAUAUUUCCAUGUCUACGUACAUGAAUCAUGUCAUGUCUAAUACUUCUGGCACAAACUUAAGCUCAUACUUUAAUUAAAAGCAGUGUAUUCUUCUUUUUUUUAAUCACUACGACACAAGAUCGGUUGAUGCGUUGAGUUAAAGCUGGACUGCACUUGUUUUGCACUAGGAAAACUAAUUGAUUUAAGUGCCUUCAAGUUCUUUUUUUUCCAUGUAGUCAUAUUUAAGAUGUACUAUUUUCUUAACCUCCAGUCUUCUCUCUUAGAUUCUUUUAGCUUAAUACGAAUUAAUAAAGGUAUUUUUUAUUUUUAUUUUCUUUUUUUUUGUACUAUUUUAAAUUUGAAAAUCUAGAUGCAUUUGUACUGAAUUUAAAGUAUCCAUAAUAUAUUCUAGUAUUGUCAGCAUUCCAAAAAGAGCAUAUUUAUUUUAUGCACAAAAAAAAAGAAAAGUGAAAAGUUUUUGUUCUUUUUUUUUUAUUUUUUUUUUAAAAUAAUUGCUAUGGAUGAUGUAAAAUUUACAUGAUCUUUUUUUUUGUCAUAACUGUUAAACAGUUUUUGUGUUAUCUUUAUUCUGUAUAAAGAAAAGAAAGUUUUGUAUAUAGGGUGGUUGGAACCAGGACAAUCAGCAGUAAUGCCAUCAUAGUUAGAAAUCUCCUUUCUUUCAUGCAGAAUAUUGUUUUUAUUUUUUGUUUUGUUUUUAAAUACAUUUUUUACUACGCAGAUACGUACACAUACCUUUACAUUAUACACAUGAGAACCUGGAUACCGUUGAAGUGAAGGCAUUCAUACACAUUUCAAAUGUACAGUGCAUCAUGUAAAACUCAUUUCAGUUAUUUCUAAUGGUGUGAUUAUAUGUGCCAUCAUUCUUACAUCAUGUACAUUAUAGCCAUCAUCCAUAUGAUCUGAUUAUUCUUGUAAAACAAAACAAAAAAGUCACAUGUAAUGCCACCAAUCUAUAGUGCAACUCACAAUCUCCCCAGAUUGUAACACUUUAAAUGGCUUUGUAUUUGGUAAUGAUGAACCACAUCAAGCUGCUGUCCAGGAGGUGAUUUUCUUGUGUUUUCUACCCUAUAGUUUAUCGAAUAGUUGUUCUAUCAUUAGAUUCGUCUCGUCGAAAUUGUUGGAAAAUAUCAACGUGUACAGUAUACUUUUGACAGCGUCAAUGCAACUUUGGGUCUCCGUAAAUAAAUUCGUCCGUCGGGGUUAAAGUCUGGAUCAACACUUCUCUAGAGCUUGGUUCAGAGUUAAUAGAGUUGCCUUGGACUUCCAUAACUCAAGCUAGGUUUCGUGUCUAAAAUACGUGGAGGAGGAAAUGCUUUAAAAAUCUAGAUCUCAGUGUAAUUAUUGUUGGUACCGCCUGUGUCCUCAUCCUUUUUGUUGCCUUUUUGUACAUAUGACAUUGAUGGUCAAUUCUAUCUGUAAAUAUGGAGGAUGUAUUUUUAUAUUUCUGAUGCGCUUUGGUAUUCACUACGCGCCUGGGUGGGGCUUAUGGACCUGAUGCUGAACUGUGGCGCUGUUUCGCUUUCUUGCUGCAUGUUUCUCUCUCUGUGCUUCAAACUUCUGUAUGUUACUGUCUACUGUCUAUAUUAUACCAAAGUAGAGUUAGAAUGAAGCAAAAUACAAAAAUUUGCAGAAGCAAA